GGGGUGUUGUACGGUCUUGACUGCUCUUGCUCGGUACGGUUGGUCGGUGGUAAAUGGAUGGUUGUUAUUCAGUGCAGUACAUCGUUUUAUUCUGUUUUGGGGUGUGGUCUGUGAAAUAGCAGUGAUAAUGUUUAUUUUAUUACAUUGCUUUCAAUCCAAUAUUUGACAAUGAUCGCAAAAUUUCGUAUACACCAUCAUUUUAAUUGUCGUAUUAUUGUGAUACCUCCAUACGUCAAGCUCGCAUUGUCAGUUGACAGAUAUCCGAGCAUUGUUUGUUUACUCUUGAAAAGAUUCAAUUUUAUAUUAUAUUUUGGAACGAAUAUAUUUAAAAAUUUAUAGAAGAGCGGAGAUAGAAUAUAUUAUUAUUUUUAAAAGACUUCGAUAUACAAAAAUGACCCAUAGAAAUUACAUGCAAAAUUGGGCAAUAUCAACAAAAUUAAAAAAAUAAUUAAGGGUCACUAUUAUAAUGUCCCGUCUGGCUGAUUAUUUUGUCAUAGUUGGGUACGACCACUUAAAAGAAAGAAGCGGUGUCAGCAAUGGAAUUAUUUUACAAAGGUUUCCGGAGAAAGAUUGGCCUGAUACACCUUUCAUAGAUGGAAUAGAAUGGUUUUGUCAACCACAAGGAUGGGCUUUAUCGACAGAGCGACAGGAGCCACGUUUCUUUGUAUCAGUUCUCACUGAUAUUGAUGCUAACCGACAUUAUUGUGCUUGUAUGUGUUUUAAUGAAACUGUUGCAAUUAUGCCAACAAAGCCAGUCGAUGAGGAGGAAGAAGAAAGUCCAAUAGGAAGGAAUUUAGUAUCAUCUAUUACUCAUCAUAGUAUAAUGUUUGCUCCAAAAUGCUUAGUCUUAGUCUCAAGGCUGGAUUACAUUGAAACAUUUAGGAAUUGCUUAGGUAUUAUUUAUACUGUCUAUAUUGAAGGUAUGGAUAUACCAUUAGAGACAUUAGUAGCAAAUAUCUUAGGAUGUAUUCAAGUGCCACCUCCUGGUGGACCACAAGUCAGGUUUAGCAUUGGCGCUGGUGACAGGCAGUGUUUACAACCACCACUCUCCCCUUCCUUGCCUAUUACACAAACUACUGUUAAUCUCCUUUUUCAACAAUUAGGUAUUUGUAAUGUUUUGAAAUUAUUUUGUGCUGUGAUGACGGAACAUAAAAUUUUGUUUCAUUCAAAAAGUUACUCUCGUUUGACUGAUGGCUGUCGUGCUUUAACUGCUUUAAUGUAUCCAUUCAGAUAUAGCCAUGUUUAUAUUCCUUUGCUUCCUGCAGCAUUAGUAGAAGUUUUGUCUACACCAACACCUUUUAUUAUGGGUGUUCAUAGUUCUUUAAAAUCUGAAAUUGAUGAACUGAUGGAUGUUAUAGUAGCUGAUUUGGAUGGUGGAUCUAUAACUGUGCCUGAUUCUAUCACAUUACCACUUUUGCCAGAACCUUUGUUGAGUACAACUCAAGAACAUUUGAGUUUAGUGCUACAGCCUGAAUUAUUAUGUGCAGAUCAUGCAUUUCCACCACUAGUGUUAAGAGCUCCAAUGCCAGCUAUGCUGGAUAAAGAAAUAAGGGCAGUAUUUAUGAGGACAUUUGCUCAAUUGCUUCAAGGAUAUAGAUCUUAUUUGACUCUUAUAAGAAUUCAUCCAAAGCCAGUAAUAACAUUUCAUAAAGCUGCCUUUCUUGGUGAAAGGUCACUUUCUGAUUGUGACUUUGCUCAAAGGGUACUAGAAUGUAUGUUUUUCACUGGUUUUGUUGCAGAACGUGGACCACCUUGGAGGCCCUGUGAUGUUUGGGAUGAGUUGUAUAGUAAUUUACCAGAUCAGCUGAGAUUAGAAAGUCAAGAUCCUCACUUAGUUUUGGUUCAUAUACAAAACUUAGCACAACAAUUGUACACUAAUGAAAAUCCUAACCCACAACCCUAUAAAGAAAAGAUAUUAAAACCACCUGAUGGAUCUUUUGCAAGAAUUCAUCAACCUCCCUUGCCUUCUUUUAAUGCUGACCAAGUUCAGGCAAUAAUAGAUGAAGGACUUUCGAAAAAUAAUUUGCAGGCUAGAUUAUCUUCUUUGAGACCAUUGCAGUCCAGGAUUGUACCUGUAGGAUCACAUAUUGCUAAUAUGUCAGAUUCUCGAAAUCUUAUAAAUAAUUCUGCUAGAAGAUUAGAGGUUUUAAAAAAUUGUGUUAACUGUAUUUUUGAAAAUAAAAUUGCUGAUGCUAGAAAAACGUUUCCUGGUGUGAUACGUGCUCUCAAAAGUAAAGUUGCGCGAUUAGCUCUCUGUACUGAACUAUCUCAAAGAGUACUUGGCAAUAAAGCUAUGCUUGAACAUCAACAAUUUGAUUUAGUUGUUAGAUUAAUGAAUUGCGCUUUACAAGAUGACUCUGCUUUGGAUGAGCAUGGUGUUGCUGCUGCAUUGCUUCCACUAGCAACAGCAUUUUGUAGGAAAUUACGAACUGGUGUUAUUCAAUUUGCUUAUACUUGUAUACAGGAACAUCCAGUUUGGCAGAACCAACAGUUUUGGGAAGCAGCAUUUUAUCAAGAUGUUCAAAAAGAUAUUAAAGCUUUAUAUUUGCCAAGACCAGAUAAUAAUCCAUCUACAUGUUGGCCCGAACCCAUUAAUCCAGGAAGUCCUAGGGAAAUCAAAGAAUUUCCAUUUAGAGAAAGGAGGUCUAUAUUGAGUAGAGUUCAAGAACCAUCUGCUUUGGAAAUUGCUGCUGAACAGAUGCGCAUCUGGAACACAAUAGAACCAGAAAAGCAGCUGGAAUUAUUAACUAGUGAGGAGAGUACAAUGUAUAGUCAAGCAAUACAUUAUGCAAACAGAAUGGUUUAUCUUUUGAUACCUAUGGAAUCUAGUCGAAAUCAAAAUUAUAACCCAGCUUUGGAUGAAGAACGAGCUAGCAAUAGCAUAACCAAUAGCAUUGCUGAAAGUGAUAGUAUAGAUGCUGAGUCAGGUUUUGAAGAUCAAGAUGCUAGUGAGCCUGGAGCAACUGUCAUUAGAACAGUUUCUAGAUUUGUUGAUAAAGUUUGCACAGAGGGUGGAGUUAGUGCUGAACAUAUACGAGCUUUACAUCAAAUGGUACCUGGAGUUGUCCAUAUGCAUAUUGAAACUUUGGAUGCUGUACAAAGGGAAUCUAAAAGACUUUUGCCUAUACAGAAGCCAAAGAUUCUGGUUCCAACAAUGUUGGCGGGAGAGUGCACACUUAUCGACCCACUUCGAGUUUAUUUACUGGCAGAUGGACGUGAAGAAGGAAUAUCAGGGGCGUUAGGUGGACCUACCUUACUUCCCGCAGAAGGAGCUAUAUUUUUAACUAACUAUAGAAUUAUUUUUAAGGGCACACCAUGUGAUCCUCUCGCUUGUGAACAGACCAUUGUACGAUCUUUUCCUGUUUCAUCUUUAACUAAAGAAAAAAAAGUCAGUGUAAACUAUAUGGCUCAUUUAGAUCAAUGGCUACAGGAAGGCUUACAACUUCGAUCUUGUACUUUCCAGCUAAUCAAGAUUGCAUUUGAUGAAGAAGUUACUGCAGAAAAUAUUGAGGCUCUUAGGAAAACGAUAAAUAAAGUAAGAAAUCCACCUGACGUUUUUCACCAUUUUGCAUUUAUUGGGCAAGUUGCUGUAUCACAGACUCCUAUGCAUAAAGAUACAGAAAAAAAUGCAACUUUAAGAGGUUUUGCAAAGAAGACUCUACUAAAAACUGCUCGUAAAGCUGGUUUCAAACAGAAAGUCUCAAGUAAACGACAAAAAUAUGUUUUGCCAAAUCUUGGUAUAGGAAAUACGUUCAGUGGUUCAAAAUACCUUACAUCGCCAGUGAGAAGUCCUCAAACAAAUUCAGAGGAGUUUCAUGAUGAUGAUUUAUCUAUUGAUGAUUUCGAUCUCACUGUUCCAAACAGUAUAUUGUCAACACCAACUGAUGCAAAAACAUUGGAGCGUCUGUCAGAGCGCAGUUAUGUGCGUGAUUGGCAACGACUAGGUUUAUGUACUGAUCAGAAGAAAGAUUUUAGAUUAACGAGUGUGAACAGCACGUACUUAAUGUGCAGGAGUUAUCCCGCUCUCUUAGUAGUACCUGCUAAUGUAUCAGAUGAAAGUCUACAAAAAGUAAGUCGUUGCUACCGCCAUGGCCGUUUUCCAAUAGUAACAUGGAAACAUAGCGGCUCAGGUGCUUUACUUAUACGCGGUGCCGGUUUACAUGCCAAAGGUGUAAUGGGAAUGCUGAAAGUACAUCCUACUUCAAGUCAUGCAUCUCACAGUGAACACACUUCAGUGGAACAAGAUCGUUAUAUAAUAGCUUUAGUCUCUGGAACCGCAGGUCCAAGCUUACGUGGUGGUUGGGGAAUGUCUGAUAGUUCCCUAAGCAUAGACUCGCUAAUUUUGGCUGCUGAUGAUCAUGUUACUUCUACAUUAACACCCGAAAUAUGUAGGAGGCAAAAUCAAGUUAAUAAAGCUAUUGGGACCUUGGGUGUUCUUCCAAGAUCCAGCGGAUCUAAACCCAGUGGUGUCGGUCGUUGGGGUUCGCUGAAAGAUCGCAGAACGAAUUCUCAGGCGUCAUUUAUACAUUCCAAUCGAAACUCUAAGGUUCCUGAUGUUGAAAUUUCAGAAGGUGUGCACAGUCUGCAAAAAGCUGCAUUAUACAUUCUGGGAGAAAAAGCCCAAACUAAAAUUUCCAGAUAUGAAGGUCACAGAAUUGAAUUUAUUCCCGUAGAAUUUAUUGAUGUUAGACAUUCUAAAGUUGCAUUCAAAAAACUAAUGAGAGCUUGUGUACCUAGUGCCUCAUCUGCAGAACCCGAACAGAGCUUUUACAAAUUAUUAGAGAGUUCUGAAUGGUUGCAACAAUUACAGAGCAUAAUGCAGCUAGCUGGAGCUGUUGUUGAUUUAUUAGAUUUACAGGGAUCGUCAGUAUCAAUUUGUUUGGAAGAUGGCUGGGAUGUUACAGCACAGAUUUCUUCUAUUGCUCAGUUAUGUUUAGAUCCAUAUUAUAGAACUAUUGAAGGAUUUCGCAUAUUGAUUGAAAAGGAAUGGUUAGCUUUAGGUCAUCGUUUUAGUCAUAGAUCAAAUUUAACAAGCGGUUUUCCUACUAGCGGCUUUACACCAACAUUUUUACAAUUUUUGGAUAUAGUACACCAAAUCCACAAACAAUUUCCCUUGGCAUUUGAAUUUAAUGAAUACUAUUUGACAUUUUUGGCUUAUCAUUCCGUGUCUUGCCGUUUUAGAACAUUUCUUUUAGAUAGUGAAUUAGAGCGAGUAGAAUUUGGAAUUGCAGCUGUAGAAGACAAAAGAGGUUCUUUGACCUCUCAUCAUAAGGGUGUUGAUACUGGUUCUGAUGAUGACAUGGUAUAUCCUGGAGGUAGAUUAGCAGGUACAAUGAAUUCCACUCAACAUAGUCUUGGCACAUCUAUAUUUGACUACAUUGAAAAGCAACAUACCAGGUCACCUAUUUUUUACAACUUUAUGUACACUGCGGAUCUCGAACAUCCUGUAUUAAGACCUCAGUCUUCAUUACCAUCAUUGCAUAUAUGGAAGUACUAUAUUCAUGAAGAUUUGGCUUUAGGCCCAAGCUAUGAUUUAGAAGUUGUAGCCAUGGAAUCACAGCAAGAAGAAGAAAAUGCUGCUGCUGAUGGUAUUGUUCCAAAUGUUAGAAAAGUUGUAACAAUGGGGUAUGAUAAUAUUGAUAAAUGUGUACCAGAUGCUUUCACACAUCUCUUAAAUGACAUUCAUAGAUUAGAAACUGAACUGGGUCAUUUACCACAGAAAUGGAAAUUUUUAUGGGACAAACUUGAGCUACCAACUACAGAUUCGUUAACACGUCAUGCUUCCUUCAGUAGUGCAAUGGUUAGAUCUCAUGGAAGAUUUCUGCACAAAAGAAGUACAUUAGAAAUAUUAAUGAAAGGAAAAUUAGUAGGUGCUCAAGAAAAUGCACUAGUUUAUUCUCAUCCACAUAGAUUUGAUCGCCACAGCUAUACAACUCCUACAUAUUGUGAUGUAUGUGCUGGUGUACUGUGGGGGCCAGUAAAGACUGGUUUGCGGUGUAUGGAUUGUGGUUAUAGCUGUCAUGAAAAAUGUGCUGGUGCCUUCCCUAAAACAUGUACUAAAUAUAAAUCAGUGGCAGACAGUACUCUUGCUUCUCAAACAUUAACUAGAUCUUCUGGUGAUAAUGGUUCUGUAAACUCAAGUGUUGCAACUAUUCCAACUUCCAGUCAACAAUACUACGAACAAUUCAGCAGCAAUGUAGCUGAAAAUAAAACACAUGUGGGUUAUCUGUAUAAAAGAGGUACUCUUCUAAAAGGCUGGAAACAGAGAUGGUUUGUUUUAGAUUCAAUUAAGCAUCAACUGAGGUAUUAUGAUGGAUCCGAUGACUCCCAUUUUAAAGGAUAUAUAGAUUUGGCUGAAGUACAAUCAGUAGCACCUGCUGCACCGGCCCCAGGGCCACCUAAAAAAUCUGAAGACAAAUCAUUCUUUGAUUUGCGAACAAGUCGCCGCACUUACAAUUUUUGUGCGGGUAACUCUACCAUAGCUCAAGAGUGGAUUGAAAAAAUACAGGCAUGCCUACAGUAAUCAAAGAUUUCUGUGUAUUGGAUUUAUUUUUUGUUAUGAUAAAAACU